AUGUCGAUGCAGGCAGAGUCUCGUUUGCGUUUUUGCACUUUGGCCCCGGUGGCUUUGCUAUCGCGGUGUGCAGGAUCGCUUCGAACGAUGAUGGCCAUGUCCGACAAGGAUGAAAAUGGCUCUGCAGAAGCUGAGCAUGUCGGCCCCUCGGCUCGAGAGAAGGGCGUUGUUAAUGCGCGCUUGGUCUUUGCUUGUAUCGUGUUUGGAGCAGCGUCGUUUAUGUUUGGAUACGAUGAUAAGCUUAUUUCGCCUGUGGCGGCCUUGUCUGGUUUCGUUGAAAAAUUCCAAGGACCAAACCCAGUUACGGGCAAGUUGGUUCUCACAGCGCGCAACCAGAAUCUGGUCUUUUCGCUGCCUCUGGUGGGCGCUAUCCUCGGAGGACUGCUAGCCUCACCUCUGAAUUUUCAUUUUGGUCGCAAGUGGCCUCUGGUAGCAGCGUAUAUCGUUUCUAUUGGUGGUGGCCUGCUCCAAGUCUUUGCGCCGAAUCUAGGGGCUUUCGUCGGCGGUCGAUCCAUCAAUGGGAUUGCAAUGGGGAUUGCAAUGGCAACGGCUCCUCUUUAUUUAUCAGAGGUCGUCCCUGCUUCAAUGCGAGGCCGAAGUGUCAGCUCCCUCAACAUCCUCAACCUCACAGCCGGAGUGGUCAGCACCGUCAUCGUAUGGGGCACCCAAAAACUCGGGGGUCAUUUAUCAUUCCAGAUUCCCCUCGCGGUUCAAUCAGCUGUACCAGUCAUUUUGAUUCUACUUACAAUUCCCCUCCCCGAAAGCCCAGAAUGGCUCGUUGCAAAAGGCAACCUCUCCCAAGCCCGAAGAAACCUUCGCAAACUCCGCGGCUUCAGCGACGCAAAGGUCAACGAUGAACUUCGUCUGAUGGAGCUAUGCGAGAAGCAAAACCGUGAAAUGCGAGCCGAAGUCAAAUUCUGGCACAUUUUCCAACGUCAACAUCUCAGACGGACUCUUGUCGCUGGCUCGUUUUUCUCGUUGAAUCAGAUAUCGGGUAUUAUUCUCUCAACGACGUACACGACUGUUUUCCUUACGCAACUGGGCAUUGGGGAUGCCUUUUCUCUGACUAUCAUCGCUUCAUGUUGUACUUUGGCUGGUACAAUCGCUGCACCACUGGUCAUCGACCGCGCCGGUCGUCGACCAACAGCUUUCGUCGGAAUGGCCAUCCUCUUCAUCAUCGACGUCGUGGCUGGUACCCUCGCCUUCUACCGCAAAAACAAUCAAGCCACCCUCGCCAUCGCCGCAUUAUCCUUCAUCUUCAAUUUCUUCUGGGCUUCCUCCUUCUACUCCCUUUCCACACUGAUGCCUUCAGAAAUCGCUACCCCCAAACUUCGCCACCAUACCAUGUCCUACACCAUCGCAUGUCAAGAAGUAACGGCCGUGAUUACAACGCUAGUCGUCCCGCAACUGACAUCUGCAGAUGCGGCAGGUCUAGGCGCAAAGACGUAUCUUAUCUUUGCGGGGUGCAUGGCUGCGAUUAUUGUUUUUGUGUACUUUUAUAUGCCGGAGACCAGGGGCCGGACGUUUGCGGAGAUCGAUGAGAUGUAUGCGGCGAAGGUGCCGGCUUGGAAGUGGAGGUCUUAUCGGACGUCGAGUGAGGCGAGGACUGGGGAGGAGGUGGUUGGUUCUGGGAAGCAGGAGACGUGA